GUUACUGAUCAUCUGUUUUGCAAUGGCGACCUCCGUUAAUUUUAGUUUUCGUCCGGCAAUACAUCUUAUUCUUCUCAGUUUAAUCUUCUGUAGUUACCAGGCGAAUGCAAAUCAGCAGGUCUAUAUUGUCCAUAGUCCGAAAUACAUGAGUUUUGACAGCAAAGCCGGCGCUAUUUCUCCUAGGCAGCUGUCUCAGCUAAAUGCAGUAGCACUUGGGAUCGGUGCUAGUUCUGAAGAUUUCAGUUGGAAAGGUCUCAAAUCUGGGAAUCCAUUUCAUUUGCCGGAAGCGAGUAUCGUAGUUCUGCUAGAAAAUUUUCAAGAGCUAGAUAUAGACUACUCGGGUCAAGCUUUCCCGUUGGAAAAGGAUGGCAGUAACGUAGACUUCAGUGGCCUUGAGGAAGAGUUGAAGACAAUGUUUGUUGGUCAAACUCCUUUGGUGCUGGAGCUUGCUCCUGAACACAGCGUGAUGGACAUCCAUAGUGAGGAUCAACAGCUGUUUACCGACGUGCCAGCAGAUCUGGAAGCAGCGAAGAAGCUGCUGACGGGUUCAAGGUCAAUCUUACUCGACCUCUCGCCCGUUGACCUUGGUCUGCUCAACCUCACCGUAGCAGCUGAUCAGGCCUUCCUCGCUGAAAUGCAGAUAGUGACCGAGUUUGGGAGAGCGUUGAAACGCAACAAGCAGUCACUGAAGGAUGGUGUACCUGACCUGAUGGUGAUUACACUGUCCAGCAUCAGACAUGUCGUGAAGCAUCACGGACUACAGUCACUGCAGCUUCACAAUGCUCUCACUCUCCUGCGCAUGACUCUGUAUGAGCUUGGACAAUCACUGGAGCUGGUCUAUGGAGACAACUACCUUCAUGAGACUGUUACGUUGGACACUAGUGGCGGUGAACUGCCCCUUGUUCGUAAAGCUAGGAGCCUGCUGGAAGUUGUGGCGGGAGGUGAUCUGAACCUGGCGUCGGCAUACUCGCAGAGUUUCGCACCCAUCUUCAACAUCAUCCUGUGGACGUCGAUCGUGCUCGCACUGGCCGUGUUCGCAGUCAGCUACGGCAUCUGGGUGAUGGACCCGGGCCGAGACAGCGUCAUCUACCGGAUGACUAGCCAGCGCAUCAAGAAGGACCAGUAACAGUGGCGAGAAGGAUGGAGGAAGAGAGGAGGAGAGGAGAGGAAGGAGAGAGGGGGAAGGGGGAGGGGGGAGAGAAGGACCAGUAAAACUUACCCGGCACGUAGCGGCGAGAAGGACGGAGGAAGAGAGGGAGAGGAGAGGGGGAGAGGAGGAGGAGUUGAGAGCGGAGAGAGGAGAGAGAGGGAGGCGAGAAAGGGGAGACAGGAUGAUGAGAGAGGGGGAGAGCAUGUGUGUCGAGGCACGGCCACUGAUCUGUACGUGAUAACUGGAUAGCGUGUAACUGUUGCGGAAAUUACGAGGCGUUCAUAAAUCUGUGGGAUUGGUGAUAAAACUUAAUCGGAAUCAAUUGGGUAUUCGAUAACGAUCAAUCGUUACCAAAGGUUAUCGAGUUAUCAACGAUGAUUGACAGUGAUAGACGUUGUUAUAUUAACACGCUGAACUAUUAUUACAACUGAUUGUUAACUGAAUUAUACUAAACGAUUCUUGGGUGACGAAUGAGGCAGCCUCUCACCUGCUAGGAUAAUAUAAAAUGAUGAUGAUGGCGAUAAUGAUGAUGAUGAUGGCGAUGAUGAUGGUGAUGAUGAUGAUGAUAGUUGAUAGGACAGUGCGCUUUCUAGUGAUAAUAUAUAGUUCAGCUACCGACCCUCGCAAAUACUGCUCGCUUGAAAUGCCGGUGCCGUUUUGUUUUCGUUCUGCUAUUCGUAGUGUACAAUGAUCGACACAAAAUUUCCUUAUAGAAUUUGCGAAAUGCAGUGGCUUUGGCAGAUCCAAUCGGGGAUGAAAGUGGUGUGAGAAUGCGUGUGCUCACCGCAAAUGCCGAAAAAAGAACAAUUUAGUCAUACAAUGUUGUCAUGAUUCUAUAAAAAGAACAAUUUAGUCAUGCAAUGUUGUCAUGACUCUAUAUAAAGGGAUUCUAGCCAUACACACCUCGUUGUGUCCCACCUACCGGCUUGGCUUCGACCUGCCCUUUGAAUCAAUUCGGCUGACUGAGUUUUGGAUAGCUCUGGGGGAAAUAGAGAAUAAUAUUGGCGGGCAAUAUCAGGUAGAAUAUUCGUAUUCGGACAGCAUACUCCAGUUAUAAAUGUUCAUCUUGUGUUUCGAAUGAAAUGGUAAUGCACGUGCACACGCGAUUUGUUAGUGAGAAGUAUACGUUCGUUGGUGGUCCUGUGCCAGUAGUGUCCGCGUAACCAGUCAAUCAGUAUCAUUAUUACGCAAUCUCCAGUUGUAUCUGUUCAAUGACUACAUCUACGUGGAGAAAAUCGUUCUGAAUUCACCUGAGCGGUGCCACAAACAACUGCUGGUAAUUGCUUUAAUCUCUGUAUGAGAGCCACAGCUAUUAAUUAUAUUUUCUCGAGAAACUACUGGAUGUCAGCAGCGCGUGGAAAUCCGACGUCAUUCCUGUCGUCAGAAGCAGGAUGUAUGCGCAAAGUAGUUUACAUACAGUAAUAUACAAAUACAUACAAUAAUACCAUACCUACAUACAGUGCUCGAUACAUUCAUCACAAAUUACAAUUACAUUACAGUUUACAAUACACUAAUUACCAUUUGAUAUAAUCGCUUAAAUCUGGAUCGGUUAAGUAAUUGGAUAUUACACAGACGUAUUGUAAUCAGAGGUGUUGAUGAUCAAUUUAUUUAAACGUAUAUUGGGUAAUAAACAAUAAUUAUAGCUUUAUUGUCUGAAAAUUGCCGUAAGAGUUGCGAGUUGUAUUCGUUUCUACACAACGCAGUGUCUCGCGAUAUCCGGAUGUAAUAUAUUAAUAUGAAAGUGGCGUGACUAGUUGAUACAUUUUGUUAAGUUUCUACUUUAUUGUGAAUAUUUGUCAUUUGUAUAGGUCGAGUUGAUCAAUGAGAGAAGCAGUGAUUUGUGUUAUUCCACAACUGCGUGAUCCGAUACCAGUUAAGAAGGCGUGGUGUUGCCUUCCCCAGCUCCUAGUUGCUAGCAACUAGUUCCUUCGUGUUACGCGUGUACCUACGUAGCCGUGACUUGUGAAACUAGAAGCUAUUCGUAAAUACCAAGUAUCCACUCAAUAAGAGAUAACUUCUACUAGACUGACUAACGGACUAAUAUCCGUACGCUUUCAUCAACACGAGUUGCAGCGUUAUGAAGGAGUUCGUACAAACAUGAUGCGUACCCAUGACAACGGUGACGCGACCACGUUGUUAAUUUCAUGUGUACGAAUGUUAUGUAAUAGCCUUUUGUAGGAAAUGUGACGCAAUCUAUAAUACGUUUAUGAACAGUGUGUGUGGAAAAUGUUCAGUCUCUUAAUGGAUUUGUGAUCAUUGUCAACAAACAGGUAAAUGAACAGAUUCGGAAUCGUCGAUGUGGUAUAGCUACCGCUAGUGUCUAAAUUAAUUGCAUAAUGAUCUGUUCUCCAAUUUACAAUAACAGGCAAUAAUAGGAUGUUAUCAGUUUGCUUUGUGGGAGUAUUAAUACGUGUAACAUCAUGCAAGUGAAUAAAAUGUUUUAGGUGACUAGGAA